CGGAGCACAGCCUUUGCUCCCCGGGCGGCCGCCGCAAUCGCAGUGUUGCCCCACAGGAUACUGCUCUUGUUGCUGACAAUACUAUUUCGCUCUCAACACUGAGGAAUUCUACUUCUCUUUGUAUAUAUCGAUGUCUUCUUUCUGUGAAAACCGUCAAAACUUGUUUUGAUCUUCCCUUAUUACGAGCCAAAUGAUCGUUUGAAUCCGUCCUCAGCGUGAGCGAUUGCAUUUUAUCCGCCGAGGCGCCUUCAUUCCAUCCAACUGCAUCAAGAGCUACCCUCGUCCCAUGUACAAUUCCAUCAAUGGAAAUCGUUGCCCGUUAAGCGCUCCACAAUGACCACAUCUACAAGCGUACCACAGACUGCCACGUCUGUAAUGCGAGCAGGAGACGCUCUGUCGGAUUCGUCGGCAAAGGUGACUAAAGCACCGAAACGCGACUACAAAGGUUUUGUGGCCGGCGUGUUUUCUGGGGUGGCAAAAUUAAGUGUGGGCCAUCCGUUCGACACUAUCAAAGUCCGACUUCAAACAAGCAAGAAUGCACAAUUCAAAGGCCCACUGGACUGCGUCCUACAGACUGUUCGCAAAGAGGGACUCCGCGGAUUGUACAAGGGAGCAACGCCCCCGCUGGUCGGGUGGAUGAUAAUGGACUCGGUCAUGCUAGGUUCUCUUACGCUAUAUCGGCGUCUGCUCCUCGAAAAUGUCUUCUCGAAUCCUCGCAUCAGAGACGCGAUUCCGUUCGCUAAAGGCACAGAUCCUCACACCCUCCCAAGCGUUGGCCACGGUAUUGCUGGAAUAAUGGCAGGCUGUACAGUUAGCUUUAUAGCAGCGCCGGUUGAACACGUUAAGGCUCGAUUGCAGAUUCAGUACGCUGCAGAUAAGAAGCAACGGAUGUAUAGCGGCCCUAUUGAUUGCACUCGCAAGAUCCUCCGAAGUCAUGGGAUUCCUGGCCUUUUCCGUGGUCUCUGUGCAACGCUCCUCUUUCGAUCCUUUUUUUUCUUUUGGUGGGGCUCGUAUGAUGUUAUAUCGCGAAUCAUGAGAGAGAGGACCAAUCUAUCAGCACCGGCUAUCAACUUUUGGGCAGGUGGUAUUUCAGCCCAGAUCUUUUGGAUAACCUCGUAUCCGUCGGAUGUGGUGAAGAACAGACUCAUGACUGAUCCACUAGGAGGGGCGCACGGUGACGGCGAAAGGCGCUUCCGUCGAUGGAAAGACGCGGCGAUCGCUGUAGGCCGAGAGCGGGGUUGGCAGGGCUAUUGGAGAGGGUUCAUGCCGUGCUUCUUGCGCGCAUUCCCGGCCAAUGCUAUGGCGCUGGUGGCCUUUGAAGGGUUGGCUGAGACCACGUCUGUGAUAUAUAUAGACGAUUUUAGAAGUUGCGCCAUCAUGACCGUCUCGCGCUCGCUGCGGCGGACGAGCCCGAUAUCGUUGGUGCUAGCCGCCCUCCUCACGAUCGGCUUUCUCUUCUUUCUCCUCGAUCCCAUGUCGCCACCCCCCGUCACUGCUCAGCAACGACAAGACGACGCGGCCGCUCACCCUCUUUCUCCUCCGACAAAACCCUUUUACAAAACCAAUCCACAGCGAGCUGACGGCCAUCAAGUGCCGCCCCCGGUGGUACACUACAAAUUGAAUGAGCUGACCUCUUCGGACUCUGCCGCCGCCCAGGGCGAACGCAUUCUCAUAUUGACGCCAAUGAGUCGCUUUUAUCAGGAAUACUGGGACAAUUUGGCCAAAUUGAAAUAUCCACACGAGCUGAUCUCCCUCGGAUUCAUCCUCCCGAAAACAAAAGAAGGCAGUGCCGCCACGACCGCUCUGCAAGAAGCAGUAGCCAAAACGCAAGCCGGCCCAAUUGAUAGCAGGUUCGCGAGUGUGACGAUCCUGCGACAGGAUUUCGACCCGCCAAUCAUAUCGCAGGAUGAGCAGGAAAGACACAAAAAGGAAAACCAGAAGUUGCGACGCGAGUCUAUGAGUCGCGCGCGGAAUAGCUUGUUGUUUACUACACUUGGACCCGCGACGUCCUGGGUCUUGUGGCUUGAUGCUGAUAUCGUCGAGACCCCGCCAACGUUAAUUGAGGACCUGACGAAACACGACAAGCCGGUGAUUGUUCCCAACUGCUUCCAACGAUACUUCAACGAAGACACGAAGCAGAUGGAUGUACGGCCAUAUGACUUCAAUUCCUGGCGUGACAGCGACACAGCGCUUGAUAUGGCGGCAAAAAUGGGUCCAGACGAGAUUCUUUUGGAGGGAUACUCUGACAUGGCAACGUUCAGGGCGUUGAUGGCGUAUAUGGCGAGCGGGUUAGAGGACGCAGAUCCUCAUCAAGAGGUGGAAUUGGACGGAGUCGGCGGGACGGCAUUACUGGUGAAAGCCGAUGUCCACCGUGAUGGUGCCAUGUUCCCUGCAUUCCCGUUUUAUCAUUUGCUAGAGACGGAAGGGUUCGCGAAGAUGGCACGCCGAUUAGGCUAUACAUGUUGGGGGCUUCCUGAUUAUUUUGUGUACCAUUAUAACGAGUAA